GAUUCACCUACCGUGACCACACUGACCCGCACAUCAACCUCCAGAGACGCCUUUUUGUCGGCUGCCAUUGUAAAGACUGUGACGUCAGCAGAGUGGUUGAUUGGCUUUGACAUCAUCAAAUAUUUUAAGGAUUUUGGUGGUUUCUUGACUGAACAGUCUUGUCGCGUUGUGGACGUAGCUGGUCUUAUCAAAGAACUGCCAGUCGAUGGCUCUGAUGGACAAACACAAAGUGAAGCGGCAGAGAUUGGACCGCAUCUGUGAAGGCAUUCGACCACCCAUCCUCAAUGGCCCAAUGCACCCUCGUCCUCUGGUGGCGCUGCUGGAUGGACGGGACUGUACAGUGGAGAUGCCCAUCCUGAAGGACGUGGCCACUGUGGCUUUCUGCGAUGCCCAGUCCACCCAGGAGAUCCAUGAGAAGGUCUUAAAUGAGGCUGUUGCUGCUCUGCUCUACCACACCAUUACACUGUCACGAGAUGACCUGGACAAAUUCAAAGGCCUCAGGGUCAUUGUGAGGAUCGGUAGUGGGUUCGACAACGUUGAUAUUAAAGCAGCAGCAGAGCUUGGUAUUGCAGUGUGUAAUGUGCCAGCUGCAUCUGUGGAGGAGACGGCAGACACUGCCAUGUGUCUAAUUCUGAAUCUGUACCGCCGCGUCACUUGGAUGCAUCAGGCACUGCGUGAAGGCACCCGAGCCUCCAGCGUGGAGCAGAUCCGGGAAGUAGCCGGAGGCGCAGCACGUAUUCGAGGAGAAACGCUGGGCAUCAUUGGGCUGGGACGUGUGGGGCAGGCAGUGGCUCUAAGGGCGAAAGCCUUUGGAUUUGGAGUGAUUUUCUACGACCCGUACCUGCCUGAUGGAGUGGAGCGAUCACUAGGGCUCCAGCGCAUGGCGACACUACAGGACCUGCUUAUGCACUCGGACUGUGUCUCGCUACACUGCAGCCUAAAUGAACACAACCACCACCUCAUCAAUGACUUCACCAUCAAACAGAUGCGUCAAGGCGCCUUCCUUGUGAACACUGCGCGUGGUGGUCUUGUGGAUGAGAAAGCUCUGGCUCAGGCUCUGAAAGAGGGCAGAAUACGAGGAGCAGCACUGGACGUCCACGAGACAGAGCCCUUCAGUUUCUCUCAGGGCCCACUGAAGGAUGCCCCUAAUCUUAUCUGUACCCCACACACAUCCUGGUACAGUGAACAGGCCUCCAUUGAGGCCCGAGAGGAGGCAGCGCGGGAGGUGCGCAGAGCCAUCACAGGUCGUAUCCCAGACAGUCUGAAGAACUGUGUGAAUAAGGAGUAUUUGAUGGCAGCCUCUCAGUGGCCGUCUAUGGAGGCCACCACUGUGCACUCUGAACUCAAUGGAGCUGCAGCCUAUAGGUUUCCUGCAGGGCUGAUUGGCGUAGCAGCGGGUGGGCUGCCCGGAGCCGGGGCAGGAGUGGAGGGCAUUGUGGCUGGAUCUCUACCACUGGCCCACGCCAUCGCCCCGGUCUCGCACCCACCUCAUACCCCUUCCCCCGGGCAACCCUCCAAGGCUGAGGCAGACAGAGACAUCCCUUCCGACCAAUAGCAUCCCAGCACAUUCCAUCUUCGCCCUGAUCGGUGCCCUUUCAGUGGGACUUACACCCCUGCUUUUGAUGUGACCUUGGGUCACCCCAGUCCAACAGAACACGUGUACAACCCAGGAGUGAAACCCUCUACCCCAAACAUACCCUCAUUUCCACUCGCUGUAUUCUCUGUUGUUCACUUUGGCAGAAAGCAAUAACUUCUCUCAAGGAUUCAAUAAUUGGGUUGAUACACACUAUUUCUAAGCUUCGAAAUCCCAGUUCCUUUGCUUUGUAUCUACUCUGGACUAGUAGGAGUUUGUUUUCCGAGUAGUUUCUUACAUUUCUGUUCUAUUCUUAUCUGUUUUAACAGCGUGGAAAUAAACGCAUGGACCUUGUUUUCUUUCCUUCAUCCCCUGCCCAUCCUCCACUUAGCAUACAUUUGUAAACCUUCUUAACUCGUCCCAUCUCAGCAAACGUUUGAUGGUCAAAACAGAGUAACAGCUGGCUCACACCGUUAAAUUCAACAGCCAUCAGUGUUUGUUUCCCAGCUGGUGUUCAAUAACGGAGAUCAAGGCUAAUGGUGAUGGCCUGUGGCUGAGAGUAACUCGGCCCACGGGAAGAGCUCAGAUGUUUUGCGUUCCUCUCACUCUCUCUUCAUGUGGAAGGCAUCUUUUAGAAAUGCCCAUCCUUUUGUCUCUUCGCAGAAAACAAGAGAUUGAGCUUCACCUCCAGAGCUGUUGGGGAUUUCAUCGUGUGCUCCACUUUAGGGUUUACAGCGUCUGCAUAACCGUGUCAUUGAAAUCCCAUUGUCCCUCUUUGUGAACAGCUUGAUAACGCUGGGAGUCAACUUCAUACAGUUUCAAAUAAAGCCAUAUUCGUUUGACAAAGUGUAUAGCAUAAGAUAUAUCUGCGAGAUUUGAGACACCUUUAAACUCCCUACAAACGAAACAAAACAGGAGAUGGUCUUAUUACAACAUUGACCUCCGCUUGACUCGUACUGAGAUCCACCAUAGCUAAGCUGAAAAUAUUGGCACCUUUUUUUUAUUUUUUAUUCUUAGCCAUUUGAAGAAUAUUUGCCUUGUUUUCCAUAUCUUCUCUUUGUCCUGGAUUAUAUCUUGCUGUACUUCCUCCUUGUGCCUCCUUUUUCCGAUUAGGCCUUCUCUUUGUGACGUAGCGAGGCAUGUCCACCCUUCAUAUCUCCGCUCGUGUCUUCAGCUCUCAUGAAAUCACUGUGUAGCCCAUCCGCCCGGCCCUUCCUACUUCCAACAAGGCACUUAAACUCUUAACACGAUUUCUUAAACUCACAAACACAUUUUCGUACAAACCUGAUAUAUACCUUUUCAUCCACCUUCUCUGGGAGGUUUAUGGAGGUUGUAGUACUGUUGAUGACCAGCAGGUGGCGAUGACUUGCUUUCCCCCCCUCAGGUUCACAGAUAAUUCAUCCUCGCUCAGCUGAUGCUUGCACAGUAAAAGUUUAGCAGACCUGUCGUGGGCCCUUCCAUCCAUCGCUCAUUGUCUGUCUCACACUUCCAGAAAACUCAGGAUGGGCCACACCGAAUUAAAAGCUGCUCAUACUUAGAGCUUGACAUUUGCAUGGGCAUCGAUAAUAUCAGCCCUCUCCACGUAUACACCAUUUAGAGCACAGAAGAUAAGGUGGAAAGAAUGUAAAAGCUAGGUCAUUGAAACGCUGGUUGCUUUCCAAAGAAGGUAGGAGAGUGUCUCGAUUAGCGUUCUGUCUGAAGAGAAAGGCCUUUCUAGUACCUCAGUAACAGAUAUUGAAUGUAAGCUCAAAUCUUUCUCGCUUUGUACAGCUUCUUUUUUUGUUGUUUUUAGCUCAUGAGAGGGUGUGUAUGAGUCUGCAUGUUUGCGAAAGUGUGUGACUGCUUAUCCAGAACAUCAGUUUUUCAUUCACAGAUGUUAAAAUAAAGCUUUGUUUCUUUUUCUCCAUGCA